AUGGGAAUUAAAGGGGAAAGACUAUCCAGAAAUUUAUUAUCGGAUAUGACUUUACAUUAUUGGGGUUGCAAUCAAUACAAUCAAUUGGGUAGACCUACAGCCAGUGGUGCCGACUAUAGCCGACCAGCGAUUGUCGAUUUUUUCACCGAUAAAACUAUUACUGAUAUCGCUUGCGGUAACUAUCAAUCACUGGCACUGACCACUGAGGGCGCUGUCUAUGGUUGGGGUGAUAACAGGUUAGGACAGUGCGAUUUUCAGCAACAACAACAACAACAAGAAACAUGCGAUUUUAUUGCAGAACCAAUUGUAGUUGAAUUUCCAGAAAUUGAAACAAAAAUCAAAUCAAUUUAUUGCAAUACAAACAGUUCAUUUGCAAUCGAUAGUAAUGGCCGGGUAUACAGUUGGGGUAGUAAUUAUUUUGGACAAUUAGGACACAAUGAUAAUGAUGAUAGCGAUGAUGAGGGUGAUGCUGAUGAUCAUAUUAUCUAUGAUAAUGAUGAUGGUGAUGAUGGUGAUGAUGGUGAUGAUGGUGAUGAUGGUGAUGAUGGUGAUGUAUAUCAAUGCGGAACACUUACAACCGAUGAUAAUAAUAUGGAUGAUAACCAAACACCUAAACUAAUCAGUCAAUUGGAUAAUGUUUUGGAAAUACAUAAUAAUUACAUACAGAAAAAUGAUAGUUCGGGUGGUUAUGGUAUUGUCUAUCAUUGUAAUCAUAUAGAUAGUGGCAAACAGUUUGCUAUUAAACAAAUCAAUGAUAUAGAUGAUAUUAGAGAAGUAAAUAAAUUGCGUAAACUUUGGUCACCAUAUGUUGUACACUAUUUUGAUGCAUGGAUUCAACCAAACAGUAGUCGACUAUACAUUCAAAUGGAGUUAUUUCAACAAUCGUCUACUGAAUCGGCGAUGGAUUGUAUGGUUUAUUAUACUUGUAGUCAACUAAUGCUUGAAAUUUGUGAAUCGGUUAGAUAUUUACAUACCCGACAACCGCCGGUUAUUCACAGAGAUCUCAAACCCGAUAAUAUACUUAUCGUUGAAAAUCCGUUUAAAAAUAAUCGGUUUAUCAAAAUAUGUGACUUUGGUUUGGCCAGCGAUCACAUACGUGACGGAUCCAGGUCCUACUCGCAUACAGCUGAUUGUGGAACCGGUAUCUAUAGGGCACCGGAAGUUAUUGGACCUAUUGAUGAUAGGUUACCAUACAAUGAAAAAUGUGAUAUCUAUAGUUUGGGUAUUAUAUUAUUGCAAUUCGAUACUAUCAUUGAUUAUGAUGUCUAUUAUGAAUCAUCACUAGAAGGUCUCAAUCAUAAACUAGAAUAUAAUUAUUCAUUGAUUGAUGAAACCGAUGAUCAAUUGUAA